AUGUACGUGUACGACUUCCUGGAGCUCAUCGAGUGCAACCUGCUCCGCCAGUGGUGUAAGUACGUGCAGCAGCGUAAGCGCGGCGGUGGACCUAAGAUCACCAUCCCGAACCUGAUGAUGGAGGUGCGAGAGCUGAUCCUGGACGUGACGGGCAAGGACAUCACGGGUACCACGCGCCCUCGUGGCCAGAACGACAUCGGACGAAACAGGAAUCGAGAAGAGCACACGUACCGCUUUUGGGAUGAUUCGGUAUUGUCCGGAAUGCUCAAGCCACUUCCAGAACUCAAGCACAGUUUCUUUCGCAGCGAUAUUGGCGUUGCGCUCGACAUCCACCAUAUCAUCCAUCCAGCGAUCCAAUUCAUCUUCAGCCCGUUUAUCAACGCGAGGCGCCACAACAGGUCUUGUGCGGGGCGCAAACCGUGCCUCUAG